AUGGCGGCAAUGGACAAUCUACAGCGCGAAAACCAAAUGUUGUGCGAACACCAGGAACGCCUCCGCGUCUUAUUCUCCUCGUGGGACCAGGAUGAGAGCAGUCCACAACAAAUCUGUGCCCACAUUCGGGGUGGAAAGGAACAAGUAUCUUCAUCGCUCAAGGUCGCCUCCUACCUAGGUCGUGACGUGACGUCGAUACGCAUUGAUCCUUCGAGUGCCGCUCAUGUGCCAGCUCAAGCUCUCUCUAUCCAGCAGCCACUAAGUGUACGGAGAAUUAAUAGAGACGGGGUGCCCCCACAGGGAUUCCCUUCUUCUCACUCAAUCCCAGCGAGUCCUCUCUUCCCCGGUAAGACAGUGCCAGAGUCUAUCCCAGCCUGGGGCCUGACCCCGAUAAACGAUCAGGCCCUCCGAGUGCGGGCUAUCCGUGAUCCGGAACGGUUGGCAAGCGGCUGGCUCAUCUACGUGUUUAGCAAAUGGCUAGUUACCCCCAAUGUCGCGUCUUUCUCGCACAUACCACCGUUUCUGCGGCCCAUCCUGCUGCAGAUACAACGCGGUCAUCCCGCCGCACUAGACCUCCUUGUCUUUCCGCAAAUACGGGCCAACCUCAUCCAGAACUGGGACAAGUAUGACUUUAAAGAGGUGUUUGACUAUAUGUCUUGUUGCCAGAAGAUACGGUGGCCCUGGGGCGAAGAUAUCCUCGAGCGCGACAGCGAAGACAAUCUACAUACCAGACGGGAGUUUUAUGAUGUGUUUACGCGGGAGAGUGGGUGGGGCCUCACGCCGGAGUUCAUGGAGAAAUAUCCUGGAUUGUUGGAGGGGAUGGAUGCUGAGCGGUGUGUUUCUGGGUAG